GUAGCUUCAUCGUGCUUGUGUGGCUGUGAUGGUGCCUUCAUCAUCGACUUUGCGGAUGGAGCAAUUUUAAGUAGUUAUAGAUUUCGCCAUAGAAAACAAACUCAGCAUUACUUUAAUAGAUGUCGCCCUAUUUGUAUAAAACAAUGCCUUUUUCAGUCUUGUGUUUUGUGUCUACAAUAAAAACUUAAGAGAAAAAGAGAACUAUAUUUUUUGGUACAAAAGCGUUUAAAAUUGACAGAAGAACUUGUAGAUCUAAUUAUCCUAUUCUUCAUGAGUCAUUCGAAAGGUGAUUAUUAUCCUACAUUUUUGCGAGGUUUGCACACAAGUUUGCCGGGCAAUACCGCGGGACCGGAAGAUUUUUGAAUGACGAUGUGUCAUUUGUCACAAUGUUGCUGGCAGGUUGCUGGAUUGUCACCUUAGACGUCUAAGAUUGUCACUGAAUUGUCACAACAAAAUGUUUUAAACAUUUUGAUUUCAAUUCCGAUAUUUAAAAACAUUUAACUCUUCAGAAUGAUUCAUGAGUGCCUGUUCAACCUGUGGGAUAAUCUGAGUGAUGAUAUUUCUGAUGAAAAUAAUUGGGCAUAUCUGUUUGAAUUGAAUGACUUCCUUCAUCCUGGAGAAAAGAAGCUACUGCUUAUGAUAGCAGCAAUAGCAAUAGACUUCCACAAAAUAAAUGGUUUUGUUCAAAAAGUCUUAAAUCCAGCUCUUACAUCAAAUGAUGAUUGUGGAACCCUUGUUCGAUGUACUAGCCCCCAACCUAGGGGUAUGUAUAUAACAGCAUUCUGCAAUGGGAUUGAUAAAGUCCUGCAAGACUAUAGAGAUGAAAUCGUCAACUUAGAGAACACAUUACUACAGAAUCCUCAGUUGCCUUUGCUGUUUAUCUUGAGCAGUGUUGAGAGGUAUCGCAAAUUGUUUGAGGUUCUGUUGUCCAUGAUAAAUUUAAUACAGAAAAGCAAUAUACGAGGAUGCUUGUUGAUUGGUAGAAUGCAUAAUUAUAUAUGUGGUGUGGAUCAGAUAGCUAAAGCAGCAGAUGUUAUAAUCCAAUCAAUCAAUCCAAUGUUCUGUAGACAUUUAUGUAAUUGGAUAAUAUAUGGAGACCUAGUUGAUACAUAUGAAGAGUUUUUCAUUGUUGAUGAAAAAACUUCAGAUGAAAAUUUUCUGUAUCCUGAACAGUUGGCAGAUUAUGCUGGCAGCAAUACUUCACUGUUACAUAUGAUGGUUCUUAUUUCAGAAAAAAAGUAAAAUGCAUAGACCUCCACCAGUAAGGAAAUUCAUAAUAAAUUGGAAAAUGGUGCCAGUUUUUAUAGACACUGAUACUGUUGAGACUAUACUUUUUAUGGGAAGAAUAGUGUGGAUCAUGAGGAAUGAUCCUAAGAAAAGCACAAAUGAAACUUAUGAAAUAAAGCAUAAAAGAGAUAUUUGGGAGGGCAAGGAUUAUGAAUAUUAUAGAAGAAUACAGAGCUUAGAGAAAAAGACUUUUGAUGCUAUUGAAUUCAAAAUGAUAAUGGAGGAAUGUAGGGUAACAUUAACUAAGUAUUUAUGGACUGUGAUGUUAGUAGAAGGCAAUCUGAUUGACCAUUUACAUCUCAUCAGAGAUUUCUAUGCCUUGGGUCGUGGUGAGCUAUUUCAGCAAUUCAUCACUGUUGCUGAAGACCAUCUGAAGGCUGAAACGUCAGGCUUGGCUACGCACAGUCUCAAUUUUAUUUUCUUAGAAACGGCAAGGAAGAUAUAUGGAGAGAAUGACAAAACUUACACUAGGUUUGAGCUGUUGUCUAUUGCAGAUGAUUUGAAGAGUAACCAGUGGUCAAGGCUUCAACUGAAUUUCGAAAUCGAUUGGCCAUUGCACAUAGUGUUUCAUCCAAAAGCGAUGGAAUUGUACAAUAAACUGUUUUGUUUCCUUCUUAGGCUUCGAAAAACGCAGAUUGACUUGCACAGGCUUUGGGCGGAACAUGCGUCAAGGAAAAUAAAAAUGGAUCGCAGAGUGUGGACACUACGACAGAACCUCAUGUUUUUAGUCAAUAAUUUACAGUAUUACCUCCAAGUAGAUGUUAUAGAAGCGCAAUUUUCCGUGUUACUUAAGGCUGUAGAAAACGCGAACGAGUUUGAAGAUAUAAUUAAGGUCCAUCAUGAAUUUAUCAGCAAUCUUUUGGCGAAAACAUUCGUUUUGAAGCCAGACGAGGAGCAUACGUACAAACAUAAGCAUAGGCUUUAUCAAGAGCCAGCUGUUCAGUGUGAUGAGCCGAGUAAAGUUUAUAGUGUCAUAAUGAGUCUGUUGGAGCUCUGUGAUGAGUUCUGCCUAGUAGCAGGUACUUGGGGCACAGAGCUGACUGAGCCAGAUUUUGAAGAUCUCGAGAUAUUCCAGAAACGAAGCGAUAACAUCAUUGAAACCCUUUUAUUCAUCUUAUACAAAUUUCACGAAAAAGUCAAUGGUGAACAUUUGUUGCAGUUGUUAUCACAAUUGGACUUUAACAGUUACUUCAGCAAAAAGAUGUCUGAUUUGAAUUUGAUGGAUGUUUGAUGUUGUUUUUUUUUAUACUUUUUUGUUAAAUAAAUAAUUUGAAUAA